CAUUUUAGAUGUGACUUGUGGUGUUAAUAAAAUUUACUAAAGUCUCCAUUGAACGUUACACGUUUGUGUAUGUGUCGAAUCGUCAUCAGCGUAUUCUGUGAUUAAUUUCCUUGUUCUGAACUGUUGUGAUCAUCUUUAGACACCAAAAUUUAAUUUUUCUAUCAAACUCCAGUUAAACUAUUUGUCAAGUAAAUAGCGAGCUUAGCAAUUUAACAAACAAAAAAUGUCUUACAAUCGUCGAAGUGGUGGCUAUGGUGGAAAUAGUGGAAACUAUGGAGGAGGUAGUGGCUAUGGCCAAAGUGGUAACAGUAAUUAUGGUGGUAGUAAUAACUAUGGUGGAGGCAAUAACUAUAAUGGAAGUGCAGCUGGUCGAUAUAGUAAUUACGGUAAUUAUGGCAGAAAUCCCAAAAUGAGUCCAUGGGAAUCUGGAGUGUCUCCUGGCGGUGGUAACAUGAUGCCAAAUGUUCAUCCAAAUCAAAUGGCCCUAGCUAGUGAUUUACUUUCAAAAAUUUUUGCAAAUGAUCAUCAAGGUGGAUAUGGAGGAAGCCAAAAUUGGGGUCCUAGUCCUGGAAUGAUGAGAAGGCAAGAGUCCUAUAAGAACCAAAACCGGCGCAGGCCUGAUAAUCGCAAUCGUAGACCUCCUCCAAAAAAGGAUGAUAAGAAAAAGGAUUCUAAACCUGAAGCGGAUAAAAAUGAUCAGAGUGGUGAAAAUGCAGAUAGUACAAAAAAGGAUACAACGGGACAGGAGCAUGUAGAUUAUGAUGGAAUACCAACAGCAGUUUUAUUUUGUCAUGUCUGUCAAAAACAUAUGUGGGAUGGUGCUUCUUUUGAAAAACAUGUUAGAGGUCGUCCUCAUGAACUUAUGAUGACAUAUUUAGAUGAAACAUAUAAAAUGCAAGUUGAGCUUAUGCGUCAUCAAAUAAGAGCUGCUGAAAAUCAAAGGGAAAUUGAUUUGGAACGUAUGCAAGCUCAAAAUAAAGGCAAAGCUAAACCUCUGUUUCAGAACUAUUGUCCCAUGUGCAAUAUUAAUUUCUAUGGUCCUCUAACUGGACAUCGCAAAAGUGAUAGACAUCGUAAAUUAAAACAAUUCUUACAUCCUGAAUGCAAAAUGUGUGAUACGUUAUUCCAUACACGUUUAGAAUGGGAUGACCAUAAAUUAUCAGCUGCUCACUUGCGUAAAGUAGGUGAACAAAGGCGCUUGCAUAAUCCUGAUCUAAAAGAUGACGAAUUUGAAUUACUUGAUGUAAUUCAAAUUGAUGAUGAUGAACAAACUGAAGAAAUACCUGUUGCUAUUAAGACAGAUAUGAUUGAAGAUAAAGAUAUUAAAGAAGAAGAAGAUGAAGAAUCUAAUGAAAAAAACAAAUCUUCUGAAAACAAUGAUGUGGAAAUAGAUGUUGAAAAAAGCAAAGAAAUAGAAAGCAACAAUGAUGAACAAAAUGAAAAUGUUAAAAAAGAUGAUACUGACUUAAAGAAAGAAAAAGAUGAAAAAUAUAAUCCAGCAAAUAUUGUUGGUCGUGAACUUGUAGUCAAAACUGGAGGUUUUGUCUGUCGUAUAUGUUCUGUAUUUAUGAAAGAUAGCGAUGAAGCUAAUCUACAUUGUCAGACAGCAACUCAUUAUAUCAAUUAUACAACAAUUACUAAGCUUCAUGCUAAAAUUAAUAAUAGAAAACGUAAAGUCAAGGAUGAGAAAAAAGAAAUCGAAAAUGGUGAUAUUAAUGAUGAGGUAGACAAUGAACCAGCUGAAAAACAAGCCCGUUUGGAAGAAAAUGGAAACAGUACUUUUUCAGAUCAAAACGGAACUAAAGAAAUUGAUGAUGAUGUUCAAGAAAUCAAAGUAGAAGUUCCAAUUGUUGAAAUAAUGGAUGAUGAUAAAAAAAAUGAAAUUGAAGAACCAGCUACUACUGCUGAACCUGAAACUGCCAUCGAGUCUGAAACAGAUCCUGUUAAUGAAGCCGAACCAGUUCCUCCUCCAUCAAAAACAACUCCAACCCGUGGUCGUGGUGGAGCCCGAGGUCGAGGUGUUGCAAGAAGAGGUCGUUCAAGUCGUUAAAUACAUAAAUUAAGAUGAGCAUUAUAGUAAAAAUAUAUCGUUUUAAGUCUCAAUUAUUAUUAUACCUCAAUUGACUAACUUUUUUGUUUAAACUCAUUUAUAAAUGCUGGUAUGUAUAUUUAUAUGUAUUCAUAACAAUUAUAUAGAUUACAUAUUUUGUAAACUAUCAAAAUCAAAUUUAACUAUUGACUGCAUUACUGUGUUGACUUGGUUAUAAAAAAAAAAAAAAAAUUAUUCUCACUUGUGUUGUAUAAAACAGAGUAUAAUUUGAUACAUUUUUUUCAAAUAGCUGCCUAAUUAUACAUUAGUCUAGAUAAAUGAAAUAUUUCUUUGUAUGUUUUGUAGUGCUUAUUAUAUCCUUUAUGAUAAUUAUUACAAUAUAAUUAAUAGCUUUAUGUAUGAUUAUGAUUUGUUUGAUUACUUUUUUUUAUAAAUAUUUAGUAAUUUAAUGUUUACACAUUAACCGUAUAGUAUAUGAUACAAUAUAUAUUAAAUUAAACUUA